AUGGAGGGGUUGAGAUGGGACAAGGUACACACAAAAGUCGCUCAAGUUGCUGCUUCCGCCUUCAAUAUCCCUCUCACUUCUGUCUUUGUGUCAGAGACAAGCACUGACAAGGUUCCUAAUUCAUCGCCAACAGCUGCUUCUGCGAGUUCGGAUAUGUAUGGUGCUGCAGUCUUGGAUGCAUGUGAGCAGAUAAAAGCACGGAUGGAGCCUAUUGCUUCCAGACAUAAUUUUGGUUCUUUUGCUGAGCUGGUGAGUGCCUGCUAUGUGCAACGAGUAGACCUUUCUGCUCAUGGAUUUUAUAUUACACCGGAGAUUGGCUUUGAUUGGACAACCGGUAAAGGUAUCCCAUUCAGGUACUUCACAUAUGGGGCUGCAUUUGCUGAGGUUGAAAUUGACACAUUGACUGGAGAUUUCCACACAAGGACAGCAAAUGUUUUUUUGGACCUUGGAUAUUCUCUCAACCCAGCCAUUGACGUUGGACAGAUUGAAGGAGCAUUCAUACAAGGACUGGGUUGGGCAGCCUUGGAAGAGCUGAAGUGGGGAGAUUCAGCUCAUAAGUGGAUUCGACCUGGCUGCUUGUACACGACAGGGCCCGGAAGUUACAAAAUUCCUUCUAUAAAUGAUCUCCCCUUCAAGUUCAAUGUUUCCCUGCUUAAGGGACAUCCAAAUGUGAAGGCUAUCCAUUCGUCCAAAGCUGUCGGUGAGCCUCCAUUUUUCCUGGCUUCAGCUGUUUUCUUUGCCAUCAAAGAUGCGAUUAUAGCAGCCAGAGCCGAAGUAGGGCACAACGAAUGGUUUCCUCUUGAUAAUCCGGCUACACCCGAGAGAAUCAGGAUGGCUUGUUUAGAUGAAUUUACGGAACCAUUUAUAACUAUCGGUUUCCAUCCCAAACUUAGCGUUUGAUGCCCUGGUUUUCCCGGCCUCACUGUUCAUACCAUUUGUUUCAUCAUUGGCCCAUAUUUUAUAUUAUGAUCGAGCAGUUUAUGCUUCUCUGCUGCUGUAAUAUCUUCGGGUAGCAACAGCCGGUGCAUGUAUCUGUAAGUUUGCUCAUUGCUGUAGCUGCUUGUAAUAACAAAGAGACGAUUUAUGUUGCACCAGUUCUAGCCUUACAAUAAGCUUAGUUCUAUCUUAA